CAGUGCUUCAUCUCUUCUACAUUUAUUUCCAUGGGUACUACUCUUCCGAGCUUGUUAAUUGCACCCCAUCUCCCACGGCCUUAGUAAACAAGUCAUUCUACUUAUACACACACACACACACACACACACACACACACACACACACACACAUAAUGAAUGUUUGUAUCACUAGCAUAUCUUUUAUUACACACACACACACACACACACACACACACACACACACACACACACACGUACGUUGACGGUGAUAUGAUAAGGAAUGUCAAUGUCUCUCCCGCUUGGUGUGGUGUUGGAGCUUGUGAAGUGAAAGCCUUUACACACACACACACACACACACACACACGCACGCACGAGCGCACGCACACAUCUAAAACAGGAAUCGUUUGGUAGUGAGAUGGAUAAAUAAUUAACAUUCUAGACUCUACCAGACUCCUAAAGAACAUAAUGACAAUACUAGUGAGACGCUUCAGCCGCCAGUCAUGAAAGCUGCAGAGUUUGUGCUCCUUGUUUUUACGUUAACUGGUAAAAUAGCGACCUUUGAUGCAACAUCGUCAUUGUAUUAUACGGAAACUAAACAUGGGGAUAUCAGGUGGCUUGUGGAAGGAAGAGAUGCAGAUGGAACAAAAGUGUUGGUUCCUGCACGGCAUCAUCACCAGUUUAACGUGACACUCUAUUCCAUUACCUUCUCUCACCCUCUCAUCACAAUUGGCUCGCUCGCCCUCGACUUGGGAAAGCUGACAGAGAAUACAACGAUGAUCUUGAAAUUCGCGUGCACCUCUCAACAUAACUGUACUGUUCAGAUCGGGAAGACUGUAAAGACCACAGACUUACCAGACCCUUUCGUACUGCAAGCAGAGGAACGUGCCAACGGAAAAUACUUAUUAACGUACCAUCUGCCAGCUGAGGAAACGAAUACUGAGAAGAUAUCCCAUCACAACUCGAUGAGCGGUUCAGCUGGGGCGCUGACAAUCAUCGUGAUGGCGAUGUUAGGCAUCUGCCUGGUGGUGGUCCUGUCCAGCUGGAGACUCUCUUAUCCCAAAUGCCGUGCCCCUGACGUAUCUUCCUUGCCUUUGUUACAAGAGCCACUCCUGCCUUCAAGGAGAGCCCCAUGCGACAUUCCAUCAACGAUAGAGGAGGAAUGCAGCAGAACUCUAUGGGAGGCAGUAGCAGCAGGAGACGUCGCAGAAGUCGAGUCCCUCCUAGGGAAAGGCCACGACCCAUGGGAUAUCGAACCAAGGAGAACUACUUCCCCGCUGCUUGACGCUCACAUACUCGGCGAAAGACAUGUGCUACAGACGUUCUCUAAUUACUUAGGCUCUGCAGGAAAUAAUCAUGAAGAAUUUAUUGAACAAAUACUGCAGGAAUGGAACAAAAUGGCACGUCAGGUUUUUGUGGCAGCAGAAUGUGGAAUGUUCAACCACAAGGGAGGUGUAGCCGCUCUUCUUAACAAGUACCAUCUCCCAGGAACACUGAGGGAUGAGUAUGGGAAGUCCCUGAUCCAUUACAUUGCUUCUCCAACAGCAGUAGAUGGCAGACCUCCAUGGGAAGCAGAAGAUAUCGUCAAAUUUCUGACCAGUCACGAACAUUUCAUCAAUUCAGUAGACUUUCGUGGCCGCACUGCCCUCCACCAUCUCGCAGGACACCCCCAUAGCAAACACGAAAGAAUCAUAUGGUGUGGUCGGGAGUGGGCUGCGGAAGAAGCAUGGGUGUCUGUGGCUAAGCUCCUGACCCAGUAUGGGUGUGACCCACGCCUUGCAGACGACACAGGCAACACGGCCCACACUCUGGCUACUGAUGCAGCCAAUCAUGAUCUGGCACAGUUUUUGCAGGAGAGAUGUGAGCAGCUCGGUAGCCCAGAUAUGGAUAUGGUCCCUGCCGUUCUAAGCCGGGCAGCGAGGGCCGCGAGGAGGGGCGACACAAGCCUCCUGAAGCAACUGUUGGACGGUUUUCCGUACCUAAGCCCAGUGCAGCCUACACCUGCUAUAGCCCUGGCAACGGUUCUACUAGAAGGUGUGCUGGGAGGCCACCGGGAUUCGGUAAUGAUUUUGCUUUGUGCUGGUGCCUCACCGCUGUGUGGUGCUGGUCCAGGCCGUUUGACUCCACUAUACGCCGCCGACCAUAGCAAGGAUAUCCCUGCUGUGGUUCCCGCUCUACUACGGCAGGCAUGCUACCACCAACUGCUGGAGGAAGCUUCAUGCCCGCGUGCCUCAGAAGAACUACGUCAUGCUCUUCAAAACCUAGCAGAACGUUUGCUGACUGAGGGUGUACAAGCAAAGUGGGUUUUCAAGAACCGCGAGGAUGAAGCACAGACAGUAGAAGCUCAAAACUUGUUACGGAUAGCUGGGAAUGCUGGUCUUCCUUUGGCAUGCCGUGCCUUGGGUCAGCAAAACCAGUGUUUAUAUUCCCUACCACCUACCCAUGCUCCUUUAUUAAAUGCCCAUCCCAGUGCCCGGGCAGUACUGAUGCAUGAAUUAGACAUGAUGACAGUGGGAGGCCUGGAUGACAUCGCCCUGUGUGGCCCCGCAACAGACUCACGAUGUGGGCGAGAACUGGCAAUAAUAGAGGAAGUUCUGGAACGGGAGACAAAUCCUACAUUUCAGACAGCGGCUAGAAAAAUAAGGGGCCUGCUCCAGAACGAGAAAACGGCGUUCCAAGAGCCUAUCCCUAAGAUAAUGCUGACAGCAGCGGGGAUUGCGGCUCAGUUUGGAUUAGCCGCUGCCUUAAAUAAAAUGACUACACAUUGGUCCGAUCUAGAUUUGACUGCACCUGUUAGUCCAGUCUGGAGCGGAAAGACGAUACAUGUGGCUGUGCUGUGGGGUCAAGUUUGUGUAGUUGAGUUACUCGCAUACCUUGGAAUAAGUUUUAUGGAUAGGGUAUCAGGAGGGAUGAGUCCAUCCCACGUGGCAGCUCUGAUAGAAGACACCAAACUGUUAACAUUCUUGAAGCAGCACCAACAGCGAAUGGGCUUGACUACUAACGAAAUAUGCGCUGCAGGACUGACGCCACAACAACUUCUGGUAGGUGUACAAGAGUGGACAGGCCGCCAUGCAGAGCUUACACACAAUGAAACUCUUGGCAUAUUGCUGCUGCCGAGAGGCGCCUCGCGUGCAGCUGAGAUGGUGAAGUUGCGAUUAACACGUCUGGGGGUGAGCACCAUAAAAGACUUAUUACGAGUGUCUCGUGCCUGGAUGGAGCCUGUCGCUGAAACUACUUACGCCGAAAUGGAAGUGCAGCGUUUGUGUAAUGCAAUAGCUGCUUCAGGACUUUGUGGAAAGUUGCUUCCUGCUGGCCUUGUAAUGGGAUCCGGAGAUCAUCUGGUAUUGCUUUAUGUGCUACAGGGGGACGACUUCAAAUCAACAAGACCUCAAGCAUUACGGGAAGCCUUUACAAAUAAGCUGCAAGAAGCACUGGAAGAACAAGUGGCCGCUACUCCUGAACUCUGCGCUAUACCACCCAUUUUGAUCAAUACGACCGAAGGCCUUACGCUCACGUGGCUCAGUUCCACAAGACCUGAAUUACAGCUUCUGCGGGUAACACUUGUGCCUGUUCUAACCAUCGAUCCCGGAACCACCUUAGACUACGCCCUCGCUGGCGCAGGCAUGGAGCAAGAUACUGACUUGUACGCUGUUCCAAUGACUGAGGGGUGGAUGUGUUUACCUAGUGUGCCCAUUAGUGCCGCCAUUACCAGUCUAGAGACCGAAUGGAAGCAGACGUGGGCUACAUGUCGCUUUCUCAACAAACUACUGGAGCCACGUUGGUGGAGUCCUGCACAUAUUUCACACUACACGGGUGUGAGUCCGCUUCCAGACUGCACUCUCGCCUCUGCCUUCCUGAAGCAGCUAGCAGAAGAUAAUGAAGAAAAGAAGGAAGGAGAGGGCCUCGUUGUGUUACAGCGCAUACUGGCGGUAUUUUCUCGCGCAGCUCGCGGAAAUUUCGGGAGAGUGUGGCAAGCUCUGGACGAAAUGUCGCCUGAAUGUCUCCCAGAAAUCAGACCUCUCCCACUAGAGGUAGCUGAGGGAAUCCUUUUGUACCUUAAGGAAUUACUCCAAAUCACUCAGGAAAUGGAACCGACGCCUCGAGUCACAUUCAAAGAAUAAUGUUAUCUCACUUUCCAUCAAACUGAUACCUGCAAAAGAAUUUUCGUAUGUACAUAUUUGUAUUGAAAUUGACUUAGCAAGUGUCUCAGAUAUAUUAAUCCACUCCAGCGUUCCAUUGAUCAAUAUGUUAUGGUCUACUAUGAUGCAGCAGAGAUAAACCAGUAUAAUAAUUCUCGUUGUCACUUCAUAUGAAGUAUUAUUAUUAGUAGCAGUAGUAGUAGUUGAUGAUGAUGUUCUUGUUGUUGUUGUUGUUGUUGUUGUUGUUGUUGUGCAGCAGCAGCAGCAGUAGCAGCAGCAGCAGCAGCAGCAGCAGCAGCAGCAGCAGCAGCAGCAUUAUUAUUAUUAGUAGUAGUAGUAGUAGUAGUAGUAGUAGUAGUAGUAGUAGUAGUAGAAGUAGUAGUAACAGCACCUGUAGUAGUUACCAUGCUCGCAAUGUUGCAUGAUAUUUUGUGUUCCAACUAUAUAAGAAUGGCUAUGAGACUGAAAGGGAAUACGUUUGUAUUAAAUUAUUUACAUUUACUCCAUUGUAUUCCCUGUAUUCUAUAUUAAAACAAUUCAUAUAUACAUUAAUCUCAAAGCAAACUUCAAUUCUCAAAAAAAAUUUAACAUGUUCUUUCACGUAAUUAAUCUUCAUACACUUGUACACAACAAAAGUUUAAAACACAGAUUUCUUUGCAUAAUUAUUCAUUACACACUUAUACACAAUAUCCUGUUUUCUAAGGCAGGGAUUGUCCCAAACCCGGUUCAGUACUGUUGGGGCCCCCCUCCUCCCUGCGCCACCCAUUCAACCCUAUCCCCAUCUAUGCCACCAUAUAUAGAAUCAGAUAGAUUGAUAGACAAAUAGAUAGAUACCCUUGGCUAGGCAUAACAGCUGCAUUUUCUUUAUACUAAUAGCCAGUGAGUCCGUGUCUCCGUGAUUUUUCCCCCUCCCGUCUUGUGCUCGCGCCCCUCGGUUGAGAACCACUGUUCUAAGGUAUCUAGGUAGGUAACUAGGUAGGUAAGGUAACUAAAUAUCUUACACAUAAGCCUCCUUCAUUUCUUUUUAUCAUCCCAAACGAGACACGGUGGUUUCGAGGCCGCUUCUAAAUAUUGUGGAAUAUACAUUUCCACAUCAAUACCAACCUUGUACAGUACAUACUAGAGUAUCUGAAGCUAUGUCUGCUCACAAUCACUUUUACAUUGUUUUGAACAGUUUUCAUUAUUUUUUUUUUUUCGAACCUUUCUAACUUUUGACAUUACAACAUCCCUAUUACAAGGUUUGAUCUUUUGAGGGGACCGUCUACGAAAAAAAAAGAAUCGAAAAAAAUAAAUAAAUCGAAAAAUAUUUGAAAAAUUUUCAUUGUAUCACGUAUCAUUCGAUCUUAUCAUGACAAAGUUUCUUUGCAAAAUUCGCAAAAAUAAAGAUGUUACGGCUCUUUCCCUUCUCACCUCUCCCAUGACUUCACUUCCACUGCCCAGCAAACGAGCAUUAUUACUGAUAAACGGCGAAAUAUUCUCUACACAUGGUAUUCACUGGAAUCUCUAGACAUCUGGCAACUUUACUGAGGUUAUAAAUAGUUUACACCCCUGAUAUAGCGACCCCGAAAUUAAUAAUAACCAUAACCGCAGCCUCCUUCUAAUAAGUAAUAAUAAGUAAUGGGAGCGAGGAACCGCAAAUCAUGAUCUGAACCAGCAAGGCGUACAGCCCGCCACCUGUUAUUCUCUCACUUUAUUUCAAUUUCACCAAGUCUAUUCCCUCCAACUCUUAGUCUUUCCCCCCCCCUAAUUUCACCACCCUGUCUAUCCCCCCCCAUCACCAUCACCUAGCGACCCCACUCUAUAAACAAUAGCAACGUGGACUGCCCACACACUGUUAAUUCUUACUAUACUUCAAUAUUUCUCACUAUAUCCUUCUUCUAUCCCCACUCUUCCUUCGCUUCACCCCACUUUUCUAAAAAGAAAGAAGAAGUAGCGACCCCACUACCUAUCCUUGUCAUACUUUUUUUUUUUCACGCGUUCUCUUCCCACUCAAGUUCUCUAGCUAGCUUUCUUUUCUUCAUCCCCAUCCGCCCUUAGCAUUCGCUCUCACUUAGACUAUGGUUCACAGGUGGAUGUAUGGGCCUGCAUCGGAACCAACACUGAGGAGAGUGGAUGUAUUUCAGAAUGAAUGUGUGCCAAUGUGUCUUGGAACCCCGCGCUGCACUCGUGUGACGCGGGUGGAGGCUGAGGCCAAUAUAUCACCACUGCUCCUUCAAAUAUCCCAUGGGAUAAAAACAGCCGAAGACUCCCAUCAGUAACGAAGCAACCAGAGUUAUAUGGCAGUACCACCUCCACACUGCUGUCCCCCGUCCAGUCGCUGCAAGAUUCCACCAUGCUCUGCCAGCGCACGGGCACCAGACUGGACGAUGCGGAACUGCUCGUGUUGCCCACUCUUCCCCUCUGGAACUCGUCCCAACACCACCUUCACCAUCAACUGCCUACCGGGGAAAGAAGGCUGUUGUUGCUUAGGCGGAGCUCAACCAACACUUCCGUGCCCUCGUCGCUAACCUUCCUCUAUCCCUGCAUCUAUACACUGACGGUUGCAAGACAGAUGAAUGUGUUGUGCAAGUGUGUGGUCGUGUGAGUGUGCCCUCAGGUUCCGACUGCCUUCCCAUACAUCGGUGCUUUCUGCUGAACUUUUUGCUAUUAAUAAGGCCAUAAAUUAUGCUAUGUAACAAAAUUUCACUUUUGUCUUGUCCUUGGCCCCAAAUCAUAAUUUCCCUGUUAUUUCCAUCUAAACAAAACAGGAAAAAAAAAAGUUAUUUUUUAUCCUAAAACUUUGCUUUUGUGGUUAGAACAAUGAAUUUACAUGUUUGCCUUAUUUCAUUAUAGUAUGAGUUACUAUUUGUUUUAAUGUCAGGUGAAGACGUUUGCAAAAUUUCAAUUGUUUAUCUAAUUGCUGUUGCAUAUAAGUUAAAACAAUGAAUAGAAGGGUAUAAAGUGUUCUAAAGAUUUUCUUAUUUUAAUAAGAUCAUUCUUCAGCUGACCAGAUCUAGCAAGAAAUUUCUCAUUUAGAAGAAUCUUUGGAACUGGUAAACUGUCAAUUUGGAUUUAGGAGGGAAAGAUCAUGCUCUAUGAACUUAUUGUCCUUUUGUUCAAGGGUAGUCGAUAUUAUGCAGGAGAGAGAGAGAGAGAGAUGGGUAGAUGGUGUCUGCUUAGACUUGAAGAAAACGUUUGACAAAGUACCACACAGAAGAUUGUUAUGGAAUAUUAAAAAAAAAAAAAUGGAAAAAUUGGAGGAAGACUGUUGGAGUGUAUGGAGGAUUAUCUGGAUGAUAGAGAGAUGAGAACUAUAAUACAAGACCAAUAUUCAUCUUGGCUGAAAGUAACUAGUGGUGCCCCACAGGAGUCAGUGUUGGGACCGAUAAUGUUUGUAAUAUAUGUGAACAACAUAAAUGAAGAAAUAGUUAUAUGAACUUAUUUGCAGAUGAUGCUAAGCUGGUGAGAAGGGUAGAAAAAUGUAAAUGACUAUAUGAUACUGAAAGAUGAUUUAAAUAAGAUAAAUAAAUGGAGUAAAUCUUGGCAAAUGGAAUUUAAUUUCAGUAAAUGUAAAGUAAUGGAGUUUGGUAAGAGUAAGAAAAGAAUACAAUAUUUUUAUGAGAUGGAAGGUGUGAAGUUAAAGAAGUCAAAAGAGGAAGCGGAUUUGGCAGUAACAGUUACUGAAAAUUUGACUCCGGACAGACACAUUGAUAAAAUUACUGGAGAGACAAUGAAUUUGUUAAAAAGAAUAAAAAUGACAUUCUCAUAUUUGGAUGAAGAAAUUAUAAAAAAAAGUUGUUGGUUUCCAUGAUAAGACCAAGAUUGGAAUAUGAGGCAGUGGUGUGGUCUCCUCAUACAAAGAGGAAUAUUGUAAAAUUAGAAAGAGUACAAAGAGCAGUCACUAAGAUGGUUCCGGAUUUGAGCAACUCAACCUACGAAGAGAGAUUAAAAAUGUUGGAAAUUCCUACCCUUGAAAAUAUGAGAGAGAGAGAGAGAGAGAGAGAGAGAGAGAGAGAGAGAGAGAGAGAGAGAGAGAGAGAGAGAGAGAGAGAAUGAUAUUUAAUAAACAUCUAUAGAAUGAUAAAUGGUAUGGAAAAUGUGGACAAAAAAAUGUUCUACAAAUUUAGACACACAGAGUACAAGGGGACACAGUAAGAAGCUGAAGAAAGUAACUGUGGAAAAGACAUCAAAAAGUAUAGUUUUGUAGGAGUACAUACAUACACCAUUAGAGGUUCGAGGUAGGUUCCAGUAAUGCGGUUUACACCUCGUUGGGUACUGCCACGGUCUCGGUCAUUCGGCUGACUGGACGCCUACAUAAAACACCACACACACACGCCUGCAAUGGUUUUCCUUUAUUGUGAUUUAAGUACCACCUGGAGUUUGGGUUACUGAAGUUGAUUUUGAGCAAGAAACUGAUGCUGUAAUUGAGAGUCCACAAGAGGAAACACUUCAGAACGCUUUCCAGCCCCGUCAUUCUUCGGCUAACAAGAGAGAUGAUGAACUGAAAGAAGCGUUUCACUUGAUGAAGUCUCUGGUAGGACAUGUCACUACACGGGACGAGUACCAUGUGUUCGGUGAAAAUGUUGCCCAUAAACUGAGAGACUGCGGAAAAAGUGUGAGGUAUCCAUAGCACAGCACAAGAUUAAUGAAAUAAUUUUCAACCUGGAAAUGGGGUACUCCGAGGAGGGUGUGACUCAAUUCCUUCAGCACAGUUCACAUACAGGAAACAACUAUCCAGGAUCGACAGGCAUCCCGCAGUACUUUCCCGCCCCAAGUAGUGCCUCUACUCCAAGCUGUUCUCGCUCACCAAGCGCAUGUAGUAGUUAUUAUGAGUAAUGAUUCCAACUUUCUGUUAAGUAAAACUACUUUUAUAUUGUUUUCAAAUGCCAAUAAUGUAAGUAGAGAGAGAGAGAGAGAGAGAGAGAGAGAGAGAGAGAGAGAGAGAGAGAGAGAGAGAGAGAGUAAACCUCCAUAAUGCAUACUUCUUGUUUACUUACCUUGUCGUAACUCUUAGUGCUGAAAUCAAAGCUUCACAGACCUUAGGAACCACAGCUGAGAUGGUCUGCUUCGAUAUCCUGGAUGUGUACAUGAGGCUCGUAAAAGAAUCUCCACUUGCAAGAUACCUCAGUGUAAUAGCCAAUCUGGAGGGUGAAAUUGCCUUUCUAUAUUUUGUAUCCUAUCGAGAUAUUUUGGGUGCCACCAUCCGUAAAAGUAUUUCAAAGUCAGUUGUGGACAUCCGGAGAAAAUUGGUGAAACCUGCUCCAUCUACUUUCAGAUCUGCCAGAAGCAAGUCACCAUGAAAGGUCCUUUUUCUAAAAAUUUCCUCACACAUCACUUUUUCUUUUUCUUGUUCUUUCUUCAGUGUACGAGUAUUAGCAAAAGUGCUAAGUAAAAUGCAGAGGCUGCUGCA